AUGGCAGACGAAGGCAAGAAGCGCAAGGCGAGCGUAAUCGCCGAGGAUGUCGACGACAGCGUGGAAGAGACCGAAUCGCCGGCGCCACAAGUGGAGGUAGUGGACCUCACAGCAGAGUCGGAUGACGACAACGGAGUGGCGCCGACCGAGGAUGCGGCCGACUGGGAGGCCAAGGGGGGCUUGCAGCGCGAACGGCUUGGGCAGCUGGAGCAGCAAGCGGCUGCGGAUUUGGUGAAGAGCGCCAUGCCUACAGUGGGCGCCGAAGGUGUGCAGAAGCUGCUGGAGCAGCACUUGGCACGGGAGGAGGCCGCCGAGAAGGCAAGAGCACCCGAAGAGGCAAAAGCAAAGGCAAAGCGCGCCGUAGAGGCCAAAGCGAUUGCAGCGGCCGCAGCUACUAAGGCGGCCAGCGGGGAUGUGACUGGGGCACCAUCUGGCGAUGGGGGACAUCUUGACGCUGCAGGUGUCGGGAGAAAGGAAGGAAAUGCGAGCGUCAAGGGAACCGUCGUGAAGACGGAAGCCAAAGGUUUUCCUGCCGGUUGGGGUGGUGUGGACUUUGGGUACGUGCGCGACAUUACGCGGCGUUUGACAGUGGUGGGCGAGUUUGACGAAACUCGCGACGACUGGGGAUACCAGACGGCCAAUGCUGCCGUCGGAGCGGCCUUGGAAGGCAUGCAGCUUGAGAGGGUGAGUUUUCACCGGUUCGAUGAGUUCAAGGGCGCCAUGCGUGAGUUGUAUGAACGGGGGCGCCUGGAGCGCCGGACUGUGGACGCGGGGCGGAUCGAGAUUUGCAAUGAUGAGACAUUGCUUCAGUACGUUGUAGCGUUUGUGUGGAGACUACAAGGCAGCGGGGCGGUUGGCCAACUUGCUGUCUCAUUUCGCCGGGGUGCGGCGACAGAAGCAUGUGCGUUUGGACGCUCGGUCUGUCGCGCGGAUCGCCGCCCGCGUAAAUAUGUGUUGGCCCGACUUGCACAGCGAAUUGCCGACCCGUCGUUGUCCAUCACGAUCCCACGAUCGCGGUAG